AAAAAAAAAGAGAGAAGAACAAGAAUCGUCAUAACCUAACUUGAAAAGCUGUCAAUCUUUUGUUGUGAUUAAUUUGUAUUCUAUUAAAAUUAACAGUAAAAUAAGUUUUGUGUACUACCUACGAGUUGUUGGGACGAAAAUGUUUUGUAUUGAAAAUAUAUUCUUAAUGAGCUGAAAAGAAUGGAGAUUUUUCAAGCAACUGCAAAUUUAAUAAUGCUACUGGGUGCCUUUAUUUUGGUAUUUGCUAAACAAUCCACAGAACAACCCAAAGAAUUAUCCUUAGGAGACAUUAAACUCUGCUCCCCCAUCAACACCAAGCUAAAAGUUAGAUAUGAAUCACUCCUAGUUACUGAAGGAAGAACCAAUUCACACUCACUGCCAUGGGUAGUACCGGAGAUCUGUAAAUUUGAAUUCCAAUCAGUUUAUCCUCAUGGAGGUGCCCUGGCUGUUAUCCAAAAAAUGCAACUGAGGAGAAAUUUUACAAAUGGAGAGUGCAUAGAUUAUAUACAAUUCCGAUCAAAACAAGGAGUUUCUAGCCAGAGAUUCUGUGGCUUCUUAGAUGCCCGAUUAAAUAUGAAUUAUAAUGUUGUGAAUGCACCAGAUGCUGUAUAUCCGCAAUAUUUCCCUUUAUCUUUUUCAAAUUCGUUUGUUGAUGUUGAUGGAGAAUUAGAUGUGGUUAUUUAUAUUGCUAAACAACCCUUGGAACCUGAAGAAAGAACUGAAUUUGCUAUCAUAUUCAAUUCUUAUCAAGAUUGUGCUAAAGAUUAUCACAUAAAGCAUGUGUCAUUGAAAAAUUGUAUAGAGAAUUUGUGGAAUAACGACUCAGUAAGAGUGUGCUUGAAUGCAAUGUACUUUGGGGAUGGAUACAUAAAUUGUCCCUAUUUUGGGUGUGUUGAUGAAGGAGGCUGUUUAUUGCUGCCUAUAAAACCUGAAGGAAAAGCUUCUGUGGGUAAUCGGGUUAUUAUUGGAUCAAUAUCCACCUUAGGCAUCCUGUUUAUUGUAUUUAUCUUGAUUAUAUGGGUGUUGAGAAAAUUCAGAUUAUUUUGCUGGGCUGAAGCGUUUGCACACCCGUCUUCCACACCAGAGAAUAACAGAAAUUCUCGUGUAAUAGAAAUGAACGAACAAACUGGCGCGCGCCUUGCAGAAACUACAAGCAACGUCCAGCCAACUGCUCCUCAUCUUGCAGACAAUAAGGACUUGCCACCUUCAUAUGAAAGUCUUUUUCCAGACACAGUUAGUACCAGGUUCGCUAACAACUUUACUGCUAACAUUUGGCAUGAUUAAAACUUUCAUAAUCUUCAGAAUUUAAUAUUUGAAAAGUUUUCAAUUUAAGUUUAUUAAUCGAAGAUCAAUCGCACAUAGUUGCUGUACAUAAGACUUUCGCGAAUUUUGGGGUUUCUCAUUGGAUACCUAAAAGGCAUGACAAGAGAAAAAUAUUAUAUUACAUUACAUGUCAUGAAACUGGCCUUUUGCAAGGGAAGGAGGAUUGUAGUACUCGAACGCGUCCUUAUAUUCUUCUAAGCCUUUGAGUCCAGCAUAGGGACUUCCGGUAUAGAAUUUUUUUCUAAAUCAGUUUUUAGAAAUAAAAAAAUUAUAAUCCCAGAAACUUUAUUAGUGUGUAGAGUGCUUUAUAGUGCGUCGUUAAUAACAAAAAGUAUGAACUAUCAGUCAAGUAAGUCAAUAAAAACCGCUAAAUUGGUUCAAACAUAAUGUCCUCUGUGGAAAUCGAAAUUGAUAAUGAAGAUAAUUCUGAUGAAGGUUGUUGUCGAAAGGAUGCUAUUUAUUGAUUUUGUCCCCUCGUCUACCUCCUUACGCACCAUGCAGUUGUGGCCCCUGAGGUGGACAAGGUUAAAUUGGAGCUAGGUUAAACUGGAGCUGGGCACCUUGCUGUAGACUAGAGGAACGUUUCUGACUCGUCCCCGAUUUUCGUCUACCAUGUCUCUUAAUUUGAGCAGAAUAUUCAGAAUGUUCCUGAGGUGAAAAAAAGUGAUGCAACUGUUGUGGGCGCCUAAGAGCUGAGGCACGGAAACCGAGAAAAAAGCAGAGUACAAAGCCCAUCAGAGGCGCUGCAGGAAUUUAGCAGUGACAUCGAAAUAAUCAUUGAUCAUUUUGUUGAAUGUUGACAUGAUUUAUUGUUGUGCUCAGUCAGUAUAAUUGCACCGAUUACACUUUUUUGAAAUUCUUAUUUUGGAACAUUCCUUGAGCCGCAUUCUAGGAGCAAGUGAUCAAGACUGAUGAACGGCAGUUUCACAUUUAUAACAAUAUGUCGCUCAUAUUAUUCCAUAGAAGUUACAAUAUUGAGAAAUAGUGAUUGUUUUGAAAUAUUCAAAUUCAAAAAAUAAAACUCUAGCUGAUCUACUUACUUCCCCCUUGUUAAAUAUGGCACAAAUUUCUCAGAACAGCUGUUGCAGGAUUUAUCUCUGACAUAGUGCCAUUCAUGAAAAAAUAAGUUGAUUGAAUAUUAUAGCUCUCUAGUAUUUUCGGAGUCGCAAAGAGAGAGGAAACCAUCCUAGAACUCUCAGGCUUGCAGGUGAUUACCAUUUCAAUAACAAUACAUAGUUAUUGUAUUAGCAAAAUCUUGAAAGUUGUGCAGUUGAGUUGUUUUGUCCAUAGUACGUGUCCAUUUGUUUAGAAACCACACGUCAAAAUUCGCAGGGGUCUUAUUUACCUACUAUACUAUUAUUUAAUUAUUAGGGUGGUCAGAGGUUAAUAUUAAUACAUAUUUUUUAGGCAUUUAGUUAUACUUUCUAUAUUUUCUGUAAAAUGGUGGAAUUUAGCUCAUAUUAUAAUUGGUAUACUAGAUUUUUAUAGAAUUUUGUGAAGUGGGGUUAAUCCAUGUGAUAUUUUGAGUCCUACAACUCAUAACGAUCAAGAUCUGAAAAUUUUGAAACAACUUUUGUAUAUUCAUUCUUAUGACAAAUAAAGUGAAUCACACUAGUUUACAGCUGGGUGCCAAAAUAAAUUCAUCCAAAAUAGUGUUGGAUACCGCAAGUAGGCACAUAUUUUUGAAUUUUGUUAGCUAUCACACCUUAUAAUGAAUGUAUCACUAAAUAAAUAGCAUUGGAAAAAAAGUUAAUCAUUUACGAAAUAAAAGCAAAGUGCAUGAUCCGUUUGUGGAUUAAUUUAGGCAGCGUAGGAUUAGGAAGUUAAAGCAAAUAACACCAGGAAUGAUAUUAUGUACGUUUUUUUAGUUAGCAACACUUCAAAAUUUCUGGACUUGAAUAUUGUAAAAUAAAACAAUUUAGUUGGUUUUACCUGCUAAAAAAUUUAUCAGACUGAUUUUUAGAUUAGGUUCGAUUAAAUUUAAAAUGGGAUGUUUUGACGAAAUGAAAAUAGAGUAACAUAACAAUCUUUGAAUAAAACAGUUUUUAUAGUAUAUUUAGAGACUGGGAAUUAUUCAAUACAGUCAUGAGAAUAUAAUAUUGUCUCGAGUCAGCAACUAAUUUUCAUGUCGAGGACCAUAUUAUUUUAUCUUUAAACAUAAUUUCUUGAAGAAACAAAACAUUCCGUUUUUAAAAAUUAUGUAAGUAUAUGUCAUUUUUACAAUUUUGACAAAAAAAAAAAAAUGUGAAGACCUGCCACCUGCCACAAUAUAAACACCGGGUUCCCACGAGAUUACUUUCCGGCUGCCAUUUUUUAAUUUAUUUAUCGAUAUCAACGAAACUUGGUAGGGUUGAUACUCCAACAAAACGCCAUUUUUAUGCAUGUAUGACAAGUUUUCCUGACUUCCGGUUUCACCGGAAAUGACCGGAACUUUUGAUUUUCAAAUGGCACACCCUUUAUAUUUUUGGUUUUUCGGAUUCUACAGAUUGUUUUAGAUCCUAAUGCACCACUUUUAAAUCGAGUUUUGUAUACUUUUUUUUAUAAUUUUUUUACAAUCAACUGGAGUACCAUGAUCAUCCUAAAAUGACUCUACAUACUUUACUUAAUUUCAGAAAAAUACAAACUCAAUUUUAUGUUUUUAAACUUUUUUGAUAGAGGGCUGUAAACUUCAAUAUUUAAAUAUUUUUCCCCUAGCUCAAAAACUGGAAUAGAAACAUAUCACUUCAUAACAUUACUAAAUGCAGUAUUUUAAAGCGAAUCCAACGAUGUUAUACACUACGACAUUUUUCUCAAUUUUCGUCCAAACAUUUUUGUUUUAUUAUGUAGGUAAUUUUUUUUUUCUACUUAAAAUUCAAUUUGGACAAAACUCGAAUAAAAAGUGGUAUAUUAGGACGUAAAACGUUCUUUAAAAUCCGAAAAACAAAAAAUAUACAGGGUGUGCCAUUUGAAAAUGAAAAGUUUCGGUAUCUGUAUGUGAAAGUUUGGGAGGGUGGUAUGCCACAGCACUUAGGCCACAUUAGGCCCAUUGUGCGCCUCCACCAGAAGAGAGGUCAUCCUUAGCUCGUCAUCCAGCCUAGCGAUUCAACGUAGGCGAUGACGUCGCCGAGGGCGGUGGCUCUGAUCUCUUCUAGUGAUGGGUGCGAUUGGCCUAAUCUGGCUCUGCGUAUUGGCGAAAAAACAGUGUGGUACUGAGAUGCAACCUAAACAAAUGUUUGUUUAACUGACAGUGCCAGUCAAGAUGCCCGUUAUCAGGCGUAGCCUUUUCCUGGUCAACGACAGCUUUUGGCUCGCUGCAGCUUUAUCUGGAUAGCUUAGCAGUUCCUUGGAGAAGUUGCAGCCAAUCGUAUCGUCCCAGUGUUUUUUGAAAAGGGGAUGGGAGCGUUUUUUUUAUCAUAUCUUUGGCUGCUGACAUGGUCGGCCCCACGAAAGGCUCCGGUCCAGAAGGCUGUAGCCUGGCGGCCCUCCUAGCUAGAGCGUCGGCAGCCCGAUUGCCUUUGCUGUGAUUAUGUCCUUUGAUCCAGCUGACUACCACCGUAUUGUUGAUCGACGCCUCUGUGAGUGUACGGUGGCAAUGUUGUACUAAUUCUGACAUGAGUCGCGGUCUAGAUGGGGCUAGUACUGCUUGUCUGCAGUCCGUGUGGAUGUGCACGAUCUUGUCAGUGAUAUUCUUGCUGACUAUUUGUUCGGCCGCGAUGGUUAUGCCAGUAAUUUUGGUUUGGAGGACAUUUGGUAUAAAGCCAAAGGCUAUAGCUAGGUUCAAUUUGAGGGCUUUGGAGUAUACUCCGCAUCCCGAGCCUGUUUCAGUUUUGGAACCAUCAGUGUAGAUGUUACUUAGGUACUCCUGCCACUGUGUUGUUUCCAAUGCCUUUCAUGUCGAUUGCGUAGUGCUUUUUGGAGACGAAACAUGGUGUUGCAGAGUCCAAUCUGGCCUCCAACGAUGGAAACGAGUUCUUUGUCUCACGCCAUAUGCGGGCUCUCUGCAAACCGACUUCUGCACUUGGUUCUAUUCCAAUAGUGCGGAAGCGCAUCAUUGUGGUUAAAACGACCUCUUUGACAUAAGUAUUCAGGGGCGUCAAACAUAGAAUUACUUCCAAAGCCCUAUUUGGUGUGGUUUUCAUUGUACCAGUUAUGUUGAGGCACGUCAUUCUUUGAACGUGGUCUAUUUUUCGGCUUAUAGUAGUCUGUUCGGCUUUAUGUCCCCAGACAAUAUUAGCCCCAUAGGUAAGUAUAGGCCUGAUGAUGGUUAUGUAGAUCCACAUUUGUGACCAUUCCUUUAAUGUUGACGUCCUGCACACUUAUUUUGUACAAUUCUUUUGGAAAGGAAUAUCCAUCCGGUAACAGUUUCCAAAGGCCCCCUCAACAUCAAUAAAAAUCCCGAGGGUGGACUAUCUGUUGUCCAGCGAUUUUUGCACUCGCCCAGCAACCAGGUGGGGGGCUGUGUCCGUUGAUCUUCCGGGGGUGUAUGCAUGUUAACUAGGGUGGAGUGGAUUGGUUGUCAACACUCCAUUCCUUAUGUACCUUUCGCAUAGCCUCUCCAUUGUUUUAAGAGAAAAUGAUGAGAGGCUUAUGGGGCGAUAUGCUUGUAGUUUAGCUCAUCCUCCCUGGUUUGGGUAGGAAUACCACUUCAACUUCUCUCCAAGCCUUGAGCAUGUAUCUCAGCGCCAAGGACACCCUGAACAUUCCUACCAGGUGAGGCAAGAGUGACGCCAGAACCCACUGAAGUAAGGCUGGAUUAGAUGCCGUCAGGUCCUGGUACUUUGAAGGCAGAGAAGCCUGAGAUCGCGCAACCUAUUUUUUCCUCGCAUAUUAUCUGAUUCGCUAGUUGCCAAUCAGCCACAGAGGGUAUGUAUGUUUCCUGCGUCUGAUCCUCCACAACGGUUAUUGUGGAGUCAGGAAAGUGAGUUCCUAGUAGUAACUCUGUGCUUUCUUGAAGAUUGGCAGUGAAGCCAGUGAAGGUGCCAUCCUCCUUGUCCUUGCACAGGAUACCAAUUUCCCGAAAUGGGUCUUUAUUAAGAGCUUUCUGAAGUCUCGCCGCUUCCGAAUAGUUUUCUAUCUCGUUGCAGUAUGUCCUCCAGGCAUCCCUUUGUUUUUGUCGUACGACUUUUUUAUACUGGUUGAGUUGAUACCUAUAAAGGUUCCAGUCCUCAGGUAGUUUGGUGUUUUUAGCUUUCUUGAAAGCUUUUCUUGUCGUCGCCCUGUGGUGUUCCAGUUCUUGACACCACCAAACAGAGGUGUUACCAGAGUUUUGGAUCAUCCUCAAUUGGCUCGAUCUCUUAUAGGAUUUUAUGCUGGCACCUUGGAUGGUAUUGGCAUACCGCUCCAAUUCUUGGUCAUCAUUGGGUGUUUUAACUGUAACCUCUCGUAGAGACCUUUCCAGAUCUUGCACGUACUGUGCAAUAUUGGUAUUUCUAGGGUCGCGGUAAGGUCUUGUGGUUUUAGGCGAGCAGUUUAAUUUGUUUCGGUAAUUUCCGGUGAAACCGGAAGUCAGGAAACUUGUCAUGGAUGCACAAAAAUGGCGUUUUGUUAGAAUAUCAAGCCUACCCAGUUUCGUUAAUAUCGAUAAAGAAAUAAAAAAAUGGCAGCCGGAAAGUAAUCUCGUGGGCCCCGGUAUAAGGUUUGAGUAAAAUUAAUAAAUAUGGUGAAUAUGACGUGUUCUUAUUUAAAAUUUGUUGCUUGCUUAUUAAUACUUAUACAAAUGUACUUUUUCACCUUUGUGAGAAAAAAUUGUUAAAAAGUAUGACCAGAAAAAUUGAUUGGGAAAUAAAAAGGCAGUAAAGUGACACUUUCAAAAUUUUAAAAAGUCAGUAAUGUCAUCAUUACUCUAUGGUUAUCAAUAAAUAAUAUUUACUAAUGCUUUUUUUAUUCGACUUGAAUUUUAUCCACAACUCGUUUGAUGUUUUAAGGCUAUGAAUAUGAAAAUUAUAAAAUUGAAUAAAUGAACUAAAUAUUAUGUAAUCUAGCCAAAUAAACCAGCUUUUGAUAUAACUAUA